ACUGAUCACGUGGUAUGACCGAGUAGGACGGCCAUCUUCCCUAAAACACAAACAACAAGAGCGUACUAGACAUCAACACGCAACGACCAUUGGAGAGGGAGAUAGAGCGCUAAAACAGUCAAAACGGAACACGAUUCUCGAGGAGGAGCACAGAACACCAACAGCUGCACAUGCAUCCGAAGUGAAGACCGUAGAGUUCGACUGGGCGACUGGACAGUACAACCGCAUCGACAGCUCCAGAAAGACGAUAAAGGAGGGAGAGGGACUGUCGGCGUGAGGAGAGGGUCACCAUCUGGGACCUGGUCCACACAGCAUUGCCAGUAUAGCAAAAAGAGUUAGAAAGGUUCACAUACAAAUAGACAAAGGGAGAAGCUUAUUUGGGGUCAUACCUGCUUCUGGCUGCUGUAUAGUCAACAAGUUAGUCUUUUCUUUUUUUUGUUUGUCUAUUUUUUGUUCGCUGCAGUCAAUCGACUUUAGACGUCAGUAUCAAAGCUGCAGUUUUGCAGUCCAACAGGUAUUAUACAUUUUAGAGGGCUUUAUUCAUUUUUUGGAUUUCCAUUUGUGUUUUAUUUGUUUGUUUGUUUUCAUCGGCUGUGAACAAGAGAGCACUUAACGUGUCUGACCUUUUGUAUUUCUGCUCUCUUGCACAUACACCCUAUAUAAGGCAGCUAUAAAUCAUCUUCUCUCUUAAGUUGGCUACUCUAAAAUACACACAUACACACACCUUUCAACCCUUUCACUCUCACCCAGACCUGGUCCAGCCUAUUUUUGCCUGCGCCACUCCCCUGGACAGGAUUUUCACCUCUGAGAAGGAAGGAAGAAUAUGACUGCUGAAACACUUAACUUUGGCCCAGAAUGGCUUCGUGCACUUUCCAGUGGAAGCAGCUUGUCUUCCCCUCCUGCCUCUCCUGCUAUGCCAAAGUACAAGCUGGCCGAGUACCGAUACGGCCGAGAGGAGAUGCUAGCACUUUAUGUCAAAGACAACAAGGUCCCAGAAGAAAUGCAGGAUAAGGAGUUUGCUGCUAUUCUGCAGGAUGAGCCUCAGCAGCCUCUGGCACUGUUGCCUCUCACCGAAGAGGAGCAGAGGAACUUCUCCAUGUCUGUCAACAGUGUGGCUGUGCUGAGGCUUAUGGGUAAAGGGGGCGGGGCCGUCCCAGCUGGGGUGAACAGAGGCAGAGGCAGUGUGAGAGGCGGCAGAGGUCGAGGAAGAGGGGAGAGCGGAUUCUACCAAAGAAGCACAGAGGAAGGAGAAGGCGGUUUCGCUCGUAGCGUUAGAGAGAUCCAUCGCAGCCAGAGCUGGGAUGACCGAAGUGAACGGCGUUUUGAGAAGCCCCUGCGGAGGGACGGAGUGCGUGUUGGUUUUGAGGAAGGGGCUCCAGGUGUCAGAAAGGAGUUCAUGCGCUCUGAUAGUGACAACUGGCGCACACUGAGAGAAGAACAGGAGGAGGAAGAUGCAGGAGAGACCGCUGGCAGCAGCUGGAGACUUACUGUUGCAAAAAGAGAUGAUGGUGGUCCUCGCUCGGCUGGCUGGCGGGAACAUACCGGUCCUGGUGAAGUUCGUCGCAGGAAGUUUGACUUCGACUUCCGGGACGGAGGGAACGAGGGAGGACGAAGAAGAGCAGGCAGUGAAGGAGCAGAGGACGACAGAGAUGGUCUGCCAGAGUGGUGCACAGACGAGGAAGAUGGAGAAAUGGGAACUUUUGAUUCUUCUGGAGCCUUCAUGUCUAUUAAGGGCCCGAAAGACCCCAUUCUAGAGGAGGAGUUCCAGGGGUUGGAGGAUGAGGAAGAUGAAGGUGCUCAUCAAGAGAUGAAGAAUGGCAUGGGUGCUGAAAAAACUGAGAAAGAUGUCAUCGACUCUGCUGCUGUCUCUGAAACUGAAGUGAAACUGGUUUCUCCUUCAACUCCUCCUCCUCCUUCUCUUCCUCCCUCUCUUCCUGCUCCCAUCUCCGAGGCUGUGCCCUCUGCAGCCCCCUCUGGCCUGGAGGAGUCUCCACCUGCCCCCUCCAUUCCCCACAAACUACCAAGUGAAGUGUUAUCAGAGGCCAUGUUAGAUUUGAGCCCCAGUGCCUCCUCCAGUCUGCCUUCAUCGCCUCCCUCUUUGUCCUCUGCUGCUACUGACCUCCCGCCACCGGGGGGUGAUAUUGAGGACGACGAGGGCAUGAAGCACCUGCAACAGGAGGCAGAAAAGAUGGUGGCGGCGCUCCAGGACACAUCUCUAGAAGAAGAGUGCUUCACCCAGACUCUUCAGGAGAGCAGAAACACGGCCUCUGCUCUUCCUCUCUCCCACGACUCGGCUAUGAAAUGGUUUUACAAAGACCCGCAAGGAGAGAUCCAGGGUCCUUUCAGUACAGUGGAGAUGUGCGAGUGGUUUCAGGCAGGGUACUUCGCCAUGAACCUGCUGGUGAAGCGCGGUUGUGAUGAGGGAUUUCAGCCGCUGGGGGAAGUCAUUAAGAUGUGGGGGCGCGUGCCUUUCGCCCCCGGACCCUCCCCUCCGCCGCUGCUGGUGAGGAAUCAAGCCCAGCUUCACCCUCAACCACCCCGCGGGGCAACCGGUAAUAUGGAUCAGGAGCGGCUGAAGAAGCAGCAGGAAUUGGCUGCUGCCACGGCUCUUUACCAGCAACUCCAACAGCAGCAGCAGCAACAGCAGCUGUUCCAGCUCAUCAACAGGUGUGGAGAGCAGGGUAUGAUACCUUCGUUAAACAGGUCGAUGUCAGUGCCAGAUACAGGGUCCAUGUGGGACAUGCAUACCUCAGCUUCACAGCCAGCAGGCGGUGAGGCCAGUAUAUGGGACUUAAUGAAUUCUUCAUCUCAGGGUCCAAUUCUAGAACAGCUUCAGAAGCUACAAGAGAGAAGAGAAGCUGAACUCAGGGCCAAGCGCGAGGAAGAGGAGAGAAAACGGAGGGAUGAAAAAAGGCGAGAGGAGCAGAAAAGGAGAGAAGAAGAGGAGCAUUACAGGCGCAAGCAGCAACAGGAUUUGCUGAUGAAGUUGCUCCAGCAGGCUCCCCGUCAGGGCUCCUCUGGCUCCGGGUCAAGCUGGAGUUCAGGACCCAUCUCUGGACUGGGAAAGCAGUCUAAGCCCCUCAACCUCCUGGAUGUCCAGCAGGAGGCUGACAGAAUGCACAAACAACAGCACAGAGUCCAGCAGCAGAGGUGGAGCGAUGCCUCUUCACUGUGGGGCGCAGCUGGAUCUUUGGAUGGAAAGGUGGGAAGCAGUGGCAGCUCCUCUGGAGGAGGAAUGGGCGUCUGGGAUGAGGCCCUCAAGAACCAGAGUGCUCUUCGUAACAACAUGGGCCUGAAGAACAGCCGCAGCAGCCCUUCGCUCAGCGAACAGUACAUGAUGAGGGGCCGUAAACGCACUGAGGAGGAGGAUCGGCUGCUGAAGCUCCUGCAGGGGAUGAAGUCUCAGGACGGCUUCACCACCUGGUGUGAACAGAUGCUGCAUGCGCUCAACACCUCCGCCAAUAACUCGUCCUCCUCCCAGGAUGUGCCCAUCAUUGUGGCAUACCUGAAGGAUUUGGAGUCCCCGUAUGAGGUGUUGAACUUUAUCUGCUCCUACCUGGGCGACACUGUCGAAGCCAAAGAAUUCGCCAGACAGUUCCUGGAGCGCCGUGCCAAACAGAAAGCUAACCACCAGAGACAGCAGCAGCAGCUCUCCAAAGAGAUGGCUGGGCUUAGCAUGAACAACUUUCCUCUGCAGGAUUCUGUGCGAGGAAUGAACCCCAGUGCCCUGCAGUCUAUGUUUCAGGCAGUGCAUUCUGGGAAGGGCAGUGGUGUCUAUGAUCAGGCAGCAAAGCUGAAGAAGAAACAGCCCACGAUGCUGCACUCUGACCCUAGCAUCUUAGGGUACUCAUUCCAUGGUGGCCCUGAUCGGUAUGGUCUGAACGAGAUGGAGAUGGUGGAGGAUUACUGAAUCCACAGCAAUAGCUACACGAGGCCUUUAAUCCCGCGGGUCCACCUAAUCAGACUCCGCAAGUCGAAUGUGCACUGCUUAGAGGGGGAGGGACUGGGCAUAAGCCAGGCGUAAGGUAUCAGUUCAGGGGUGGGUGGGUUUUUGCGCUGGGAAUAGAAGAAUGUAAUUCAACAGGGAAGGGAACAGGUGUGAAUUUAUUUUUGUGUGUAUGUGUGUGUGUGUUUGGGGGACGGGGGGUGAUAAAGUUCUGGCACUUACAGCAUUAAGCACCUUACACUCAGACUAAUGCACUUUAUUAAGAUGUAAUUUGAAUAGUUUUUUUGUUUCCUUUUUUUUCUUCUCCGAGAAGAUUUCUUGUGUAUAUUUAUGUGGUAUGGCUUCAGAAAUAUUACCACAUACAUAUACUGUGUGUGUGUGUGUGUGUGUGUGUGUGUGUGUUGAAUCAGAACUGGAGUUUGUACUGGGAGUAAAACGGUGGCGACUGGGGGACCAUUGCGUGUUUCAGUUCAGACAUUAUCAGAAAAACAAAUCCUCUCUUUAAAGACAAACACUGUUGUUUUUUUUAUAUACAUAAAUAUAUAUAUAAAGUUUAUAUGAAAAAACGUAAAGCUAUUAUAAAAAACAAAACCUUUGAUUAUAAAACUUGAAGAUUUGCACUCACAUAAAAUGCAAGUUAAAAAUAUAAAAAAAAAAUGUGUUAGAUAUGAUAGAGAUUAAUAUUUUUGUGAUCGUGUGCCUGUGUGUGCGUGAACGCGUCUAUACGCGCAUGUUUGUUCGAGAAAGACGAGUGUGUGCGUUUAAAAACAUACCAGUCUGCACAAUGUAUUUUUUUUUUAAAUCGCUUACUUGGACGUGUGAUCAAAAGAGGCCAUUUUUGUCAUUCUGAGUGAAUUGUUUUGUUUUCUUUAAGUAUUUUAUAAGGCGAGUGUGUGAAUGCUUACGUACAGGAGGAACUGUGUGUAUUACUCCUCUUGUAAAUGUGCAGUAUGUGAGCGAAUGAAUGAAUGAAUGAAAGAAAGGAAGGCAGAGAGAGAGGGGGGCAACGGCACAACACAUCCUCUUUCACCAGCCCUUCAUUCCCCAACAAAGAAAGACCUCUAGAUUCAAACACAAAAGCUUUAGCCCAUUUUUACGCCAACCAGCACUCUUAGUUUUUGUGGCGGGAGGGAGCGCAAGAGAUGUCUUUCCCUGCCCUCCGCUGCCUCAUCUUUGCCUCUGUGAGGUUUAAGAACAUUAGCAUCAUCGUUUUUGUUUGUGUGAUGUUGAAGAGAAUUGAAUCUUCUAUACUUUUAGGAAAUGGUUACUUGUGGUACGAGUGUGUGUGUGUGUGUGUGUGUGUGUGUGUGUGUGUGUGUAAGUAUGUGUGUGUUUUUUCUGUCCCCACAUGUGUGCCUAAGAACUAAAGGGCGAAUGAUUUGACUUCAUUGCUGCCAUUGAGACAUUAUUUUUUAGAAAAAGGGGCGUGGUUUUUGCAAGACUCCGCCCCUACAUGCCUCCCAUGCUUACGAACCAAGAGCCUAUUUCUGUACAGUUCUAUUGUAGCCUGGGGAUGCUUGGAUGAAAGAAAUGUUUGAUAUUUGGAGGAUGUGACCUAACAUUGCCUUUCUGUCCACUCUCUUGCUCUCGAGUGACUGAGGUUCUAUUUCUGGCUGAAAAAAAACAAACAAAAAAAAAACGAUCGCAACAAACUGUGCAAGUGCACUCAGCGGUGCACACAAAAUGUUUGUAUAUUUUGUUACUCGUUCAUUGUCAAUGACAAUGAUGGUGAUUUAUUUUUUUCUUUUAAUGUUAUAUAUGAUUAUAUAUGAAUAUAAACAAAGUAUUGGACUACAAGGAAGAGCACUUGGGGCUGCUACUUUUUUGUUUGUUUUGAAAAACUUUCCCUGGAAUUAUUAUUAUUAUUUUUUAUUUUUUAUGUUGCCACCAUGUGAAGUGCAUUUGUGUACUUAUUUUUUUUUCCUUCUUAAAGCGUUGAAUGUAUUCCAAAUAUGUAAUGGUAUAAAUGGAGUUGCUCAACACAGGAUAUAAAUGCGUAAUCAGCAGGAGGACAUCAACGUAAAGUCGUUCUUGAUGGAAAUAUGUUCGCAAAAACACACUGCCUCUACAAUCCUGUUCAUACAGACUUGGACUAUGAAAAUAAGAACUUAAAAGAGAUAUUCUAUUCCAUACUGGAGUUUUGGUUGUUUACAGACUGCACAGACAUUUGUGGGUGCUUUAUUAUUUUUUUCUCCCUCUUUUAUUUUUGUGGUGAUUGAAUAUUUUGUAGGGGACUUAAAUGGCAUGACGUCAAACCCUUCCUUUGCAUGUGGAUAUGAGCGCAGCCUAUGUAUCUUGCUGACUGAAACAAACUUGGAUCGCUGGAACACAAGUAACGGAAUUACAUCAAAGAUUUUUUCAUGUACCUUUAUCUUACAAACAGGGUGUGUGUGUGUGUGUUUUUUUUUUUUUUUUUUUAAAGAAUCAUUAAGGCGACCAUAUUUUUGUUUACUUUUCUUUGCAAUGGAAUCAAAAUGAUCAUCAAGACAGAAGAAAUGUUCUGUGUACCUGAAAAGAAGGCAUAAAUCAGAUAGCACAGAUGUACCGCUUGGUACUCUAAAGUGCAUGUAUUGAAUGCUUUAACAUUUAUUCCCUUUACCCAAUCGUUUUAUUGGCUUGUGGAUUAUUUUGGAUGGACGUAUUGGAUGUUGAUAAGAAGAACAUAUAGAUGACCUCAGAUCUGCCAGAUAAUUCCUUGGACUGUGUGAACGUGUUUUAUUUUUUUAUAUUUUGUUUUAUUAUUAUUUUUUUCUUCCUCUGCCUCCUCUCUGAGGCUGGUUGCGGUGUCAUGGUCAUUAUCUUCUAAGAGAUAAUAAAGGGACUAGCACUGCCCUGAUGCCCUCACUAUGCACUUUUCAUUUGCUCGAAACUGUGAGGAAUUUUCUUGGGCUUGGAGAGCGCCGACGCAAUGCUAGAUUGUCCGCUUUCUGGACGCCUCGUUUGAGUUUUUGACACCCUAGCAUGAGACUCGCUCUCCUUAUGGUGGCCGUUUUUCAGGCUUUUUGAAAACGUCACAACACAAGCUUUACCAGAGACGGAUAAGGGAAAGUUUCAGACUCUUUUGGAGAAAUUCUUGGAAAUUUCCCAUGGAGGAUUUUCACUGAACAAUGUUGAUAUUUAAGACUACACAAACUGCCUCCAAACUUGGUUACAAUGUGGAGGUUCAGAACAGAUUUGCUCAACAGUGUUGUCCGUUAUGUAAAAAGGACUUAAAUGCUCGGUUCAGGGUGCUAGCCAACAAUUUUUUUUUUUUUUUUGUGGACUGGAAUUUCAUUGAUGACUGAAAAAGAGACUUGUUAUUUAAAAAAAAAGAAAAGAAAAAGACUGGAGGACAGUUUUUUUUUUUUUUUUUUUUUUUCAAUCUCUGGUAUUGGAGAUACAGCUCUACCACCACCUGCUGACUACAUGGCUGAAGUUCACCUUUAGCUUGAAGUGAUUGAGGCGCUACAAGACCGUCUGUUUGAUCUUUGCUGUUCCAGAUGAAGAUGGAGGCUCUCCUGCUUCAUCUCCAUUUCCUCUUCAUUUCCUGUCCUCCGCCUUCAGAAGAAAGUACCAGCGUGUGGAAUCCAGACAGCACACGAAAUGAAGACCGCACGAUGAGGACAAGGAGAGCUGCAGUUUCCAUAUUCAGACUACUAAGAGGAAGAGGAGAGGACUGCGAAUGCUGGAAACUCUGAACUAUGAGAUCUCCAACAUGCACAGCAUAGUUCUGCUGGAGCGCAGCCAGGGUUCACUUUACAAACACACCAUCACUCAAAUACACCUGCAUACACACAUUCGAGGAUGAAAUGAUUACUUAUACACCUACUGACAUGGCAAACACAAUCCCACUACACUUCAUUCUGGCUGCCAUGUAAAUAAUGUAUAUAAUCCAAACCCUUCUCCUUUUCUCUGUUGGGUUUUGAGGAUUGUUUCUUUCUUUUUAUUUUUGUUGUCCCUUCCCCCUUCCUCUCUUUUAUGACAUGCCUUAACAGUUGAGUUCUGCCUAUGAAGGCACACUUAAAGACGUGUAAACAAAAGAAGUGUUAACAUUCAGCGAGAUUAGCUCUGACAUAAUAGUUUGUGAUUUUAUUUAAGAACCCCCUGAAACAUUAAUAACCUGCAAAAUGAUUAUUAUAACAUUACAAAUGACCUCGGGUGUGACUGGAUGAGUAUUCACAAUGAUGCAGCCCAUCAGAACAACCAUUUUUUGGAUUUGUAUUGUCAAUAUGAGAAGCAAAAGUAGUUACUGGGUCGCAGUUUGUUGUCGAACGUCUGUUGGUCUUUGAUCUCAGAAUAGAAGUGGGUGAUCAGAAAUAGUUUUGCUCAUCUCUUUCAGCCUUUACUGAGCUAAAGAUCAGAAGGGAUGUGAUUUGAUAUCAUUAUCUGUAUAAGGUAGCACCCUCUUAAAGGAACAGUUCACCCAAAUAUGUAAAUUCUGUCAUCAUCCAAACUUUUGAACACAAAGGAAGAUAUACUGAAUUACAGCCAUUGACUUCCAUUGUAUUUUUAAAAUUCCUACUAUUGAUGUCACUGGCUGUUUUUUUGCAACAUUCUUUAGGUUAUAUUGUUUUGUGUUGAACAGAGAAAAGCAAUUCAUAAAAGGUUAGAACCAUUUAAGUCUGAGUAAAUGGUGUGAACAUUUUCAUUUUUGGGUGUACUAUGCCUUUAAGAUAAAUAGAAUUGUGUAAUUUUGCAGGUCAGAUUAAACUAGAUGCCGAAUGUCUUUGCUGGUAUGCAAAAUUUCAUGUUUUAAAAUGUUAACGAUGAUCAAAAUACGCGUUUCAUAUAUUUAUUGAUUCAGUCAGUAUGAAUGGCAAAAGUACUGCAGUAAGCCGUUUGUUCGUGUUAAAAUCAUCCGCUGAAUUAAAUUGGAAAUGGCUCACUGUAAAUCAGCACUGCAUAAUGAGAACUUGUCACACAUAUCUUAGGUGGAUGUCUUCUAAAAUUUGCUGUAUAAAAAGGUCACAAACCAUUUGACGAUAAUGUUUGAAUAUUCCUGGUGUAAAUAGUUUUUGGGGUUUCUGGUUUGUUUGAAGAAAAGUAAUAAAUACUUAAAGAAUAAA